CAGCAACCAGUAAAAGGAAAAGCCAGUGCCUAAAGAGAACCACAAAGAGAGAGAAGACUUCUUUUAAUACUGGCAUGCAAACAUAGAACAUUCACUAUGUUUCGCUUCUGCAUUAGACCAGGGGAAAGGAAACUGAUGCUGACACUCUGUCACUGGAGCUCAGAACUGCAGGAUCAACAUGAGCUACGAUAAGCACAUCCUCUGGGCCUGCACCGCUGCUCUGCUCACUGGUUGGGUCCUCACGUAUGAUAAUGGACUCUGUUCUGGGGCUGUCACGAGGCACUCAUGCAACUGGACUUGUAUGCAUCUCACUCUUCAGUGGCCUGGGAGUUUCUGUAUAGGUAUUAACAACAAAACCAUUUGCAAAAUACCACAGACUGUUCAAAACUGGACCAUCCAUGGUCUAUGGCCUGUACGUACUGGGCACUGCUGUGACUGUUGGCCGAUAUAUCAUUCGCAUCUUCAGGAAAUUGAGCCUGAACUCACUCAGCUGUGGCCAUCGUUAAUAAAAGGAAAGCACUUCUUCUACUUCUGGAGGGAUGAAUGGAUUAAACAUGGAACGUGUGCAGGCUGUGAGGAGAGCAUGGGUUCACCGCUUCUCUAUUUCCAGGUCGCAGUCAAGCUUCGGAAACUCUUUGACAUUGAUAACAUCUUGGAAAGCUCUGGAAUCAAAACCUCAUGUGAUGUGUCAUACAAGCAUGACGACAUACGUGGUGUUCUGACCCCACUGCUGGGACAAAACUAUGAUUUGCAAUGUGUGACGGACAGCGAGGGUCGUGAAGCGUGGAUCCAGCUGAAGGUUCAUCUCUUCAGGAACCAAACCCUUGGAUGCCCCAAACAAGAACAAGAGCAAAAGUUCGAUAGACUUUCGUGGUUUAAUAGCACAGGACAUCCCUGUCCAAAGAACACCACCAUCUUUUAUGUUCCAAUUAACUACGAAAAUCCUCAUGAACCCUGUAACUAAGAGAAAGCUAUAGACUUUCACUGCUUUCAUGUUUGACUAUCCUUUUCCAGUUCUCAGAUCUGAUGCAUAUGUUCAAAUAAAACUGUUACAUAAUUCCUAAAGUAUUUAACCUUGGGGCAUUUUUUCCCAUUAGUAUAUAUGCAAAUCAUAGGGAUUAAAGGGUUUUGAAAGACCUUUAAUGCAGUCAGAAUAUACACCAAUUUCUAAUGACAUUAAAGGUUCGGAAUGUAAUGGAACACGAUGUUGAAUAAACUUUUGUGGUGCAGAGCA